GAGUGCUUUUUGGACGGUUUCUAUCGUCCAGAGCACAACUUGGACGAUGGCAGAGAAGAAGGAAGCAGUCCAAAAUCUCGAACUGCCUGUCGCCGAGCGCACAGAUGCGGAGACGCGGCGGUGGACGACCACCCGCGUCGAGCUCUGGGCAUUUUAUGUCUAUUACAUCGGCAACAACGGCCUCUCUGGCUUUAACUUCGGACCAUCUCAGUUCCAAAACCUGCUGUUCCUUGCAGGCUAUGACCCCAGUCAACCCCCCUUUACUGCUCCUUGCGGGACCGGCACCGACUGUGUGCUGCCGUAUCUGGGACGUGUCCGAGACGUAAAUUCCAUCGUCUUACUCACGAAUGGCAUCAGCUUCGCGCUGCAGGCUGUCGUCCUGCUCAUCAUCGGCGCAUGGGCAGACUAUGGCACCUGGCGACCAAACAUCACUAUCUUCUUUACAAUACUCGCCGUCGCAGUAUCCUUCGCGUGGCUAGGUGUUGAGGACCCAUCAAGAUGGGAAGCGGGUGUUGCAUUGUACAUCCUCGGCCUAAUCACUUACCAGUGCGCACUGACGUUCUGGACGGCUGCGUUCCCCGGUCUGGCUAGGGAUCUGCCCAUUGUACAGGAGUCGGCUGCCCAGGUCGAUUCGGGCAAGAAGAGCGUAGAAAAGCAUGCGGACUUAGAGUCCAUGGAGAGGAACCGCAUCUCCAACGUUUCCUUUGCCGUAUCUUCUGCCGGCGAGAUCAUCAUCCUCGCCAUCAUGGUCGGCAUUCUCAAAGGCCUCAAGUCCGACGCGAGCACCGAGAACAACACCAAAGCGUUUAGUGCACUCAUUGCGUUCUCCGGCGGCUGUUGGCUGUUGUGCGCCUUACCGUGGUUCUUCUUGGAGCGGCGGCGUCCGGGUCUUUCUCUGCCUCCCGGCGUGUCCAUGUUGACCAUCGGCUUGAAGCAGACGUAUAUCGCGCUUCGCGAGUGUAUGAGACUGAAGCAGACGUUCCUGUAUCUCAUCUUUUACUUCUUGAUGGGUGACGUACUGAACACAACAGUCACUGUGAUAGGAACACUACAGAAUAGCGUGGUGUCAUACUCGACCCUCCAGCUCACGCUUCUCCUGAUUGUCGGCAUUGUGACGCAAGGGCUAGGCAUAUACUUGUUCUGGCUCGUGCAGAAGCGAUUCCAGAUCCCGACGAAGACGAUGCUUUGUUUCAAUGUGUUCUGGAUCCUUAUCCUCACCGUCUGGGGUCUCAUUGGGAUUCACACCGACAAGUUCGGGUUCAAGCAUGUCUGGGAAAUCUGGUUGUACCAGGCCUACUACGGCCUCAUGGUCUGCCCUUGGUAUGCAUACAGCCAGACCAUGAUCAGCGAAGUCUCCCCGUUGCCCCAAAUGUUCCUGUUCUUCGCGCUCUUUUCCGUCGUGGGGAAGACUUCAGCCUUCAUCGGGCCCCUAGUGUCCUCAGCCAUCAUCACUGCGUCCGGGAAUAAUGACAACUAUCCUUUCGUAUUCCUGUUCACCCUAGGGGCGCUAAGCACGGCCUUCCUGUACUUCGUGGACGUCCAGAAGAGCAGGAAAGAGUGCGAGGAGUUCAUUGUUGCCGAAGCCAAGCGCGAGGCGUUCGCGGACGCCGUGCCGUGAGACCUCCGCAGCGCCUACCCAAAUAGCGCAGUGCUUACUACGCUGCCCUUGUCCCACUCGUUCGAGUUCGGACACACUCAGCCUCGUUGCGUUUCUAUAUCUUUGCGAAGGAACCCUAGAUGAUCUCAU